GCUGUCAAGCCGCGCGGAUUUAUUCGCGUUUGCUUGGGUUGACUCUGGUCUGCAUAGGAAGUGGAGCGCACAGGCUAAUGCUAAAGGCAGCUCGCGAGCCUCUCGCGCCGGGACGCUGUCAUAAGCUGGGGCGCUAACGGUCGCCGCUCGCUAAACUAUCACUCGCGUUGUACUUCCACGGACGGCGUGAAAUUCCAGUUAGACUGUAGUUUAUGAACGUUUCAGUGGGUUUAAAGUAGAGGUGUAUGUUUAAUCCUCCCUCAGAUCGACGCUCAAUUUGAGGCCUGACUAGACUCCAGUCAGUUAGCAACGGACACACGCAGCACUUCAUUCACCGACAUUACGGAGGAAUAACAGAGAGGAUGCCAGCUCCGAUCAGACUGCGGGAGCUGAUCCGGACAAUCCGGACGGCUCGAACCCAGGCAGAGGAGCGAGAGAUGAUCCAGAAAGAGUGUGCUGCCAUUAGGUCAUCUUUUAGAGAAGAGGACAACACAUACCGCUGUAGAAAUGUGGCUAAGCUGCUUUAUAUGCACAUGUUGGGCUACCCGGCACACUUCGGCCAGCUGGAGUGUCUGAAACUGAUUGCAUCACAGAAAUUCACAGACAAACGGAUAGGAUACCUGGGAGCCAUGCUGCUCCUAGACGAGAGGCAGGACGUCCAUCUAUUAAUGACAAACUGCAUCAAGAAUGACUUGAACCACAGUACACAGUAUGUGCAGGGACUGGCCUUGUGCACCCUGGGCUGCAUGGGCUCAUCCGAAAUGUGCCGUGACUUAGCUGGCGAAGUGGAGAAACUCCUCAAAACGUCAAACUCCUAUCUGAGGAAAAAGGCAGCACUGUGUGCGGUUCACGUCAUCCGCAAAGUCCCGGAGCUGAUGGAGAUGUUCCUGCCAGCAACAAAAAACCUGCUCAGCGAGAAAAAUCAUGGAGUUCUCCACACCUCUGUUGUCCUCCUCACUGAAAUGUGUGAGCGAAGUCCCGACAUGCUCUCUCACUUCAGGAAGCUGGUUCCACAACUUGUACGAAUCCUGAAGAACCUGAUCAUGUCAGGCUACUCCCCUGAGCACGAUGUGUCUGGCAUCAGUGACCCUUUCCUGCAGGUGCGGAUAUUAAGGCUACUGAGAAUUCUGGGAAAGGGUGAUGAUGAUUCUAGUGAGGCUAUGAAUGACAUUCUUGCACAGGUUGCAACAAACACAGAGACAAGUAAAAACGUAGGCAAUGCUAUCCUCUAUGAAACGGUUCUUACUAUUAUGGACAUCAAAUCAGAGAGUGGACUAAGGGUUUUAGCAAUUAACAUUCUGGGACGUUUUCUUCUCAACAAUGACAAAAACAUCAGAUAUGUGGCAUUGACAUCUCUACUGAAGACUGUGCAGACAGACCACAAUGCUGUGCAGAGACAUCGAAGCACUAUCGUGGACUGCUUGAAAGACCUUGACGUGUCUAUUAAAAGGCGUGCAAUGGAGCUGAGCUUUGCCCUGGUUAACGGCAACAACAUCCGGGGCAUGAUGAAAGAGCUUCUGUAUUUCCUGGACUCCUGUGACCCUGAGUUUAAAGCGGACUGCGCAUCAGGGAUCUUCCUGGCUGCUGAGAAGUAUGCACCCUCCAAAAGAUGGCACAUAGACACCAUUAUGAGGGUUUUGACAACGGCAGGGAGUUACGUCCGGGAUGACUCUGUGCCCAACCUCAUUCAGCUCAUCACAAAUAGUGUAGAGAUGCAUGCCUACACUGUACAGAGACUCUACAAAGCCCUCCUGGAUGACAUCUCUCAGCAACCUCUAGUACAGGUGGCAUCCUGGUGCAUAGGAGAGUAUGGAGACCUAUUGGUCUCAGGCCAGUGUGAGGAGGAGGAACCCAUUCAGGUUACUGAAGACGAGGUCCUGGAUGUUUUAGAAGGUCUUCUCGUUUCUAACUUGUCAACCCCUGUAACGAGAGGUUAUUCCCUGACUGCUAUCAUGAAGCUGUCCACCCGUUUCAGCAGCGUGAAUCGAAUCAAAAAAGUGGUGUCGAUAUACGGCAGCAGCAUAGAUGUGGAGCUACAGCAGAGAGCUGUGGAAUAUAACGCACUUUUCAAAAAAUAUGAUCACAUGAGACCUGCAUUACUAGAGCGAAUGCCUAUCAUGGAGAAAACAGCCACUAAUGGCCCAGCAGAGAUUCAGACUAAUGGAGAAACAGAUUCAACCAUUCUGGACACAAAACAUCCGCCCAACAUCACUCAACCAGCCAGCCAGGCAAAUGAUUUAUUAGACCUGCUCGGAGGUAAUGACGUGGUACCUGUUAUCCAAACAACCGUUCCCACAAAGCCUGCGUCAGCUGGAGGAGAACUGCUGGAUCUGCUGGGAGACCUUUCUCUGACAGGUGGUCCGACCCCCACCCCUGCUCCCUCUGUGCCCAUAUCCCAGCCCCCUUUCCUUUUGGACGGUCUCACCUCGCAGCCCCUCUUCAAUGACAUUGCAGCGGGCAUUCCGCCAAUGACGGCGUACAACAAAAAUGGCCUGAAAAUCGAGUUCACAUUUGAGAGGUCCAACCCCAAUCCCAAUAUUGCAGUUAUCACCAUCCAUGCCACCAACUCCACCGAGGCUGACAUGACAGAAUUUGUGUUCCAGGCUGCAGUACCAAAGACAUUCCAGCUGCAGCUUCUGUCCCCGAGCAGUAAUGUAGUUCCAGCACUCAACCAGGGAAGUGUCACGCAGGUCAUCAGGGUUCUCAACCCACAAAAGCAACAGUUGCGAAUGCGGAUCAAGCUGACAUACACUCACAAAGGCUCUCCUGUACAAGACCUGGCCGAGGUCAACAAUUUCCCCCCUCAGUCCUGGCAGUGAUUUGCUACCCUUCUCGAUCUUAAAGACCCCCAGCAAGGGAACUAUGGGAAAGAUGUCCCCUCCCCAUUCCCAAAUGAUCCCCCGUGACAUCACCACAGAUCGCUGCCCUGGGGUUGCAUGGGAAGCAGUGGAAUCUUCCUGACACAGUCAAGAGUUGAUGGUAUGAAGACUGAUGAUGAUGAUGAUGACGAUUUACAGCGACAAUGAUGAAGAAAAAUCACAAAUAUCUCAAUACAUAUCUUUUCAUUCGUUUCUUUGCCCGUCUGUCUUUCUCUCCGCUUCGGGGUUAGUACAAACUGUCCAUACUCACACUUGCACUUAGCGUCGUGCACUCUCACUUAAUCUGUCACUAUAGUGCACUCCCACACUCCGGCUCACCCGGAAGGCCCGUACAUGGGAAAACAUCACUCGUGGCCACUAUACAAAGGAGCUGCUUGUUUGAUUUUGUCCUGUUUUGUUUGAUUUUUUUUUUUUUUUUUUUCAUGUUUUUAAUCUUGUUGAUGGGUUUGGUGUAUUUUAAGACAAAAAAUAAUCGCAAAGUCUGAACAUUUGCACCUUAAGCAUUUCAGAAUCAAGAGGAAAUGGGUUGUGAUGGCGCCUUAAAUUAUCGUUGUACAUGGCAUUUCUUAAUUUUCGUGUAAGAUUGAUCUAAUGUCCUGUAAUAAAGUAUACCAGAUGAAUGCUCCGGUUACAAGCUAUGCUAUGUUGUGGCUACACCGUAUUUCACCGUACACACUAACACAUCUGUUCAGAAGUGCUCGACCUUCAUCACAUGAAUCAUCAUGAAUAGGCAAGUUCAUCCAGCUCAUACCCUGAUUCUUCACUCUUGGCAUCUAAAUGUCAUUGACAAUGAAACUGGAGCGUCUCCUUUUGAGGUGACUGAGAGAGAAGGUGUUGCUUGUUACUGUUUGCCCAGUAGAUUUUGCAUCAUCAACCCCUUAAUUUGGCACGUAGUUAUUUUGUUUGCCUCUACUCAUCACAGAUGGUGUUCUUGUGUUGUUGUUUUUUUUUUUUUUAAAUCUUGAAAUACAUUUAUAUAGAUUGAAAAUAGCCUACACUAAAGUUGUUUGAUUUUUAGCGCAAUCCUUAAGGAUCGAAAUCUAUUAAAAAUGUUAGUUAAACAGCGUGAUCUUAAAAUUCAAAUUGAUUUCUCACUAAAUUAACACCAAUAGAGACCUGGCGAUGUAUGAUGAGGUUACGGUCAGCAUAGAUGCUGUAAAUAUAGACUAUGAAUAUAAGGCCUUCAUGAAUGUAGUUACAUGCACUGAAUGGGCGUGGUUUUUUUUUUUUUUUUUUUUGGUUUGACUUUCUGCAGUGAUUUGAAGUACAGAAUUAUUGCCUGAUUUAAAGCAAUGUGCCUUUGUCAUAACCAGUUCAAAAGAAAACCCUCAGACGUCUGCGGUCGUAGUUACAGGAAGAGCAAGAACGUGGUGUCUGAAGAGUAGAGGACCUUUUUGUUUUGCUGUCAUUUCAGAGGGCGUCUUAAGUCAUGCGUUAGUCUCUUCUCGCAGCUUCCAAAGGCAGUUCGCAACAUUAACCUGAAUAUACCUCACAUUGUCUUGUUUUGUCCGUCAUCGAAAUGCUCUCUUCGCGUCCGUACCCUCGCGUCAUCUCUCGCUGCUCUUCGUUUCCUCCUUCACUUUACGUAAUUGCGUUCGCUAUGCCACACUGAAGUCUGGUGACCAAAUCAAGAGACGUUCUUUGGGCUUGGGAAAUAUUUUUAGCAAUGAUAUGUAUAUGGAGAAAAAAAGACUUCUCAUUCUAUUAGCGUCUUUGUCUUCUGUUGCGAUUCUUUCGAUCUCCCAGCUUUUUCUGUACAUACUGAGGGCUUUUAAGAUGCAUCAUCCCUUUUUAAGAUCCCGUUUUCUAAGACUUCCUUCCAGUACUGCACACGGUGUAUAAUGUUUGAAGCUGUCCCUCGGAAAAUAGUCUAAUUUAACAACUUACCUGUUUGAUUGAUUGAUUGUUUAUUGGAAAGAAAAUGUACUAUGUGCUGCCUGUAUAUUGUAUAUAAUUGUAAAACGCAUCUAAAAGAUCAAAUCAAAUAAAAAUCCCAUUUGAAGACCUAUGACGUUCACGUUAGGGGUGUAAUGUGCACAUGAUCUUGAGUUUGAUUUGUUUUACGUAGAUGGAUCGCAGUCGUGUACUACUGAAAGAAUGCAAUGCUGCGUAUGGACACGGAUGUAGUUUCUCCUUUCAAUAUGGUGACCUGCAGCUAAUUUCUUUUUUCUCAUGUACUCCAUUUUUACAUUAUGAAAAUUGUCAUUCCAAACAUAUAUGAAUGACUUUUUUUUUUUUUCCUGUGUCCGCUGUCCAAAUCGAGUCAUACACCGAAUGAGUCAUACAGGUUUGGAGCGACAUGAAGCACAGUUGAAGUCAAAAGUUUUCAUACACCUUGCAGAAUCUGCAAAAUAAGAGGGAUUAUAUAAAAUGCAUUUAUUUAUUUUUUUUUUUAGCACUGACCUAAAUAAGAUAUUUCACAUAAAGGACGUUUACAUAUAGUCCAUAAGGAAAAAAAUAAUAGGUGAAUUUUUAAAAACGACCCCGUUCAAAAGUUUACAUGCACUCGAUUCUUACUAUGUUGUUACCUGAAUGAUCCACACCUUUUUUUGUUUUUUUGAGUCCCUUGUUUGUCCUGAAAAGUUAAACUGUCUGCUGUUCUUCAGAAAAAUCCUUCAGGUCUCACACAUUCUUUGGUUUUUCAGCAUUUUUGUGUAUUUUAGCCUUUUCCUGCAAUGACUAUGAUUUUGAAAUCCGUCUUUUCAUACUGAGGGCAACUGAGGGACUCGUAUGCAACUAUUACAGAAGGUUCAAACACUCACUGAUGCUCUGUAAGAGCCAGGGGGUGAAAACUUUUGGAAUUUGAUGCAUUAAGAGCCAGGGGGUGAAAACUUUUGGAAUUUGAAGAUCAGGGUAAAUUUAAUUUCAUUUUUCUUCUAGGAAACAUAUAAGUCGCUUCUGAAGGGCAGUACUAAAUGAAAAACAUAUGUUUAGGUAAAAAUGAGAAAAACGUACACGUCUUCAUUCUGUACAAAAGUUUUCAUCCCUGGCUCUUAAUGCAUUGUGUUUCCUUCUGACGCAUCAGUGAAUGUUUGAACUUCUGUAAUAGUCGCAUACGAGUCUCUCAGUGUGAAAAGAUGGAUCUCAAAAUCAUACAUUGUUAGAAAGGGUUCAAAUACACAAAAAUGCUGAAAAACCAAAACAUUUGUGGAACCUGAAGGAUUUUUUUGUAGAACAGAAACAAGGGACUUAUACACAACUAUCACUGAACAAAAAAAACACAGCUGUGGAUCACUGGAUAAUUAACAUUUUGCAGAUUCUGCAAGGUUUAUGUAAAUACUUGGCUUGAACUGUAACUUCAGACCUCUUUAUAGUAACACUGCAUUGAGGAAAGCUCAAAAACCAAAGUUUAUAGUCACAGUUUUCCAUAAACCACCUCUACUGAUACUUCCAUGCAGGUUAGGCUCAUGCAUAUUAUUUUUUUGAAGCACAUAGAGGCACAACUUAAGAUACAAUGCUGUCCCUGGUGUGAGAACAUGUCUCGUUCCUGACUAUUUCGAUGCCUCUUGAGUGAACUUAACGCGGGGGUGGUACUGCGGUCGUGAACUGCGUAACAAUAGUUAAAUGGCUAUGAAAUGGCACUGCGAGAGCUAUUUUGAAAUCCGACUGUCUGAAUCUGCUGCUUUUUACACUAAGAUGUUUGCGCGUUGAGGGCGAAACAACCAUCUCUGAGUCUCUCGGCAAGUUUCCCAACACCAAACGAUAAUUUUUUUCAGCCGCAUGUGAAAAAAGCAAUGUAAAUACUGUCAUUUCUACUCUUUAUGUAAACUUCCUGGAGUAAUGCAAGCUAAGUUUGAAUUCUCAAGUCACCACUGUUCACUAUCUCUUGCGAUACAUGCACAGACCUUUGUACAUUUGGAAAUAAUACUGUUGAUUCUCCACUUAAUCUUCAUUGAGAAGCAGAUUUUUUUUCCUGUGCAGAAAAAGACGGUCAGUCAGGGGGAGUUGAGCAUCAUUUGUUUGGUGGACUUUGUAUCACAUGCUUGGAACGAUUGCCUUCUCCAUCAGAGUCCCUUUGUAAUCUGUAAAGGUAUCGGUUGUUUUUGAAGUGUAUCUAUACAUGUGCCCCCUUCUCAGAUAUUUUACACUUGCUAUUCAACACAUCUGAACUGGUGCAGGAGGGCAGGACGACCCCCAGUGAGUCUGACAUGCUGAACUGAAUCGCAGUCCCAUGUCCUCGAAGAAUGAGUGUUGGACUGAAUUUGUGAUGAUGGAUGAAAAUGACAUGGGAUAUUUUAGACUUAUGCUGUGUAUUAUUGUCUUUGGGUUGGAGAAAAUGAUCAAAUGAAAUAAUAAAACAGUCAAACUUGA